AGGUUGAGGUCGAGAUCGUCGAGAGGCGUGGAGUGUGAGCUGGGCGAACGGAGUUUGGUGGUGUAGGAGUAGAAUUUCAGCCAACAGGAGUUGGAGGGAAAGGAGAGGGAGGACGAAGGGGAGCGAGGAUGGUGGACGGGCAGAGAGGCCCCAACGUGCUCGUCACUGGGACUCCAGGAACCGGCAAAACCUCGACGUGUGCGCUCUUGGCAUCGGCGACGCGCCUGAAACUUCCUAUGAAAUGAAAUGACUAUGCACUCCUUUCUUCCUAGUAACCGCAGAACAAUUAGUAUCACAGCGGCCACGAUGGUUUGACGAUGCACUCCGCCGUGCAUUGGAAUAAAUCUUGACAUUUCCGACGACUGUGCUGCAUCUUCCGCUGCUGCAGUCGGCUCUGGAGAUUCUCUAACGUGUCGAACAACAUGACAUGGUCGCACUUGUGGGGCUGGUGAAGGUUCACGAGGUAACAGAGGAGUCCUUUCGGAAGGCCGUCCAUCAGAGAUAUCCAUGGCAGUCUGAACGCUGUCUGCAGUGGCCUCAUUGUCCGCAUCAGCUGUAACUGGUUGUGCAGGCAUCGCUACGGGGACGGCAGCAGGAGCACCACUACCGGCAACAUCAAGAGAACUCGAAGCUCUGACUUUGUGGAGACGAUCUCUUACAUUUAGUAGAAACAGUUGAUACUCGAUUCCAAAAAGAUCGAAAGGCACUUGGUAGGCAGAAAGAGCAUCGAUGGUUUGACGAUGCACUCUCUUCUUCCAAGUAUCACAGAUUGCAACAGGGUGCCACCGAUGGCGCGGUUCGGUUGAAUUUGACAGAACUUGCGAAGGUAGCUCUGCUUUCGACCGGAUAGGAGACUCGAGGCGGCGUCGUGUAUGCCUUCGUCACGGAUCGGCGGAGCUUGAAGCUCUGGACUUGUAUGGGUCCGGUUGUGAUGCAUUACUUGGCCUUCGUCGAGCGGUCUGGAGUCAAUCCUACCAAGGUCGGAGAUAUUCUCGUCAAAAUUGUCCUCGCCCCUGGAUCGAAACGAGCCAUGAAGUGCAAAAUUGCCUGCUUCCUGGUCGGGUUUCCUGAGACUAUUUUCUUCAGGACCGUGAAUCGACAGUGUUCCUCCGGUCUACAAGCAAUGGCGGAUGUGGCUGCUUCGAUCAAAGCUGGGGUUUACGAAAUAGGAACUGAUUCAGGAGUGGAAUCCAUUACCAACUAUGCCAUGGCUUUUGGACGGAAGGUCUAACCCCUAAGUUGGAAACCUGUCAACACGCACCUGACUGUUUGUUGCUGAUGGGAGUCACUUCGGAGAAUGUUGCUGUUCGUUUCGAUGUGACCAGUGUGGAGCCCUGGUUGCGUUCUGGUGCACGCACAAAGCCGGAUUUGCAAUAGCUAUAUCAGUAGCGAUAAUAGCGGCAAGAGCCCCAGCUACGACAGCAACCUCGUAGACGCUGCGCCUUGUGCCAAGCGGUUAGUGUCACCGCAAGGUUGGCAGAAGAAAGCCAUGGAUUAGAUGAGGAAAAUUGUAAUGACCUUUUUUGCCGAGCAUGAAAUAUUCUCUCGUGCAG